GGAUAAUCCUCGCGAAGCUAAGUCGCGAUGUGUCCCAUUUUGAUAAAGUUUGUGUUGAUUUUGACAUUGCAGUACUGUAGCGGUAGUUUUAAUGAACAGUAUAGAGUUCCCCGCGCAACAUCGGACCUCUGGGAAGCCUUUGUGUUCCAGGGUCGGGAGUACGUGAUCCAGGACCUGCCGGUCAGUUGGGAGGACGCCAGGAUACUGUGUCGAGGACACCACAACGGUACGCUUGCUGUGUUGGAUACCAGAGAGAAGGCGGACUUUUUGGCUGAAGCACUGUCAGAACUGCAGUUUUCGAUAGAGUCGGUGUGGGUGGGCGCGCGGCGGCGCUCGGCGGAGGACCCCGAGGGGUAUCGCUGGGGCGAGGGCCUGGAGCUGAGCAGGACGGCUGCCGACGUGCUGGCCGACGAGAUGGACGAUAGCGGACACUACCCCUUGUGGUUGAAUAGAACACGCGUGCCCGUGCCAGUGGGCGGGGCGGACUGCGUGGCGCUGGAGCGAGUUCGGCACGACGCACCAGUGUUCCUCGACUUGCCUUGUCACCUCCAGAGGCCCUUCGUGUGCGAGCGUGAGGCUUUGGCGCAGACCAGAGUCCAAGAACUGAAGUCAGUCCGCUGCCGCAGGGGCCUGUACCGCGUGUACGACGGCAGGCUGGACUGGCACCAGGCCGCCGCCUACUGCGUGCUCAGGAGUAUGGCGUUAGCCAACAUAGCGUCAAUGAAAUGUCUGAAGAAGAUAGGACUUACUAUGUUGAAGUCUAGACCGAGUAUAGAGGGCGCAUGGGUGGGCGGUCGAGGAACCCUGGGCCAGUGGACGUGGGUCGACAGCGGACUGAGCAUCUUCAGCCCUUCGGCAGCUGCUGAUGAUGCACUGGAAUGGCCGCCCAUGAGGGACAGAUCUGCAAUAAAACAAAAUGGCUGCCUACAAAUAGACAGACACGAAACCCGCGAUCCAGUAUUUAUGGAAGCGCGCUGUGAAAGGAAAAUGCAGUUCAUAUGUUAUCAAGGAGCGCCAACUCAACCAAAAUUGACAGCGACACCUAGCGAUGACAAUUAUUACUACGUGCUUGUUAGACAACUUUUCUAUUGGCAGCACGCUUUUGAAAACUGUUUAAAAUUAAACGGUUCCCUCGCUACCAUAGACAGUAAUGAUAAACUUGUACAACUGCUGUUGGUUAUGGGCGAAAAUAAUGACCAACCAAUCGAACACAUUUGGAUCUCAGGCCGCCUGAACAUGACAAAAGAAGUCGUGAGUGAUAAAGUAACAUACUACUGGCAAAGUCCAGAUACUGGCAGAAUAAUUCCAGAUCCUAAGAGUUUCGGUGAAGCUUCUAAAGGGAUUUAUAUGCCGCCAUGGCUGGAUGAAGAUUUCACAAUGGACAGUCCUUGCCUCAACCUGGAUAGACAGGACCAUUUGAAGGGUUUGGUCUACGGACUGCCGUGCGAUACUCCGCAGUAUUCUAUAUGUAUGAUAGAAAAAUUCUCACCAAAACCAGUGGUUGACAACAGCACAGUGGAAGUUGAAUCUUAGUGACCUAAUCUAAUCUCUGCUAUUGUCCUCAUGUUACUUGUACCGACUCUUUAAAGGUCCUAAUAGAGAAAUUUUAACAUAUUUUAAAUAAAAAUUAUUAAAUAAU